AUGACCGAAUCCACUCAAGAACAGGGCAACGAUGGCCAGCGAAUGCCCCCCGCCCCGGCGACCCCCGUUGAGGAUUACGUCUUCCCUGAAUAUCGCCUGAAGCGUGUGAUGGAUGACCCGGAAAAGACGCCGCUAUUGCUUAUAGCUUGCGGUUCAUUCUCACCUAUUACGUUCCUGCACCUGCGCAUGUUCGAAAUGGCCGCCGAUUACGUCAAACUGAGCACAGAUUUCGAAAUAAUUGGAGGUUAUCUUUCGCCCGUCUCGGACGCCUACCGCAAGGCAGGUCUUGCGAGUGCCAAUCACAGAAUUGCAAUGUGCCAACGAGCCGUGGACCAAACGUCAGACUGGAUGAUGGUGGAUACAUGGGAGCCGAUGCACAAGGAGUACCAGCCAACUGCCAUCGUACUGGAUCAUUUUGACUACGAGAUCAACACUGUCCGCAAAGGUAUCGAUACCGGAAAAGGCACUCGAAAGCGAGUGCAAGUCGUCUUAUUGGCCGGGGCAGAUUUGGUCCAUACCAUGUCUACGCCCGGAGUAUGGAGUGAGAAGGAUCUCGAUCAUAUUCUUGGACAGUACGGGACUUUCAUCGUCGAGCGAAGCGGGACAGAUAUUGACGAGGCGCUCGCGGCAUUGCAGCCAUGGAAAAAGAAUAUCCAUGUUAUUCAACAACUUAUUCAAAAUGACGUUAGCAGCACUAAGAUUCGCUUAUUCCUCAGGCGAGAUAUGAGCGUACGCUACUUGAUCCCUGACCCGGUGAUUGAGUACAUCUAUGAGAAUAACCUCUACAUGGACGACGGUACGACACAACCGACGGCCGACAAGGGCAAGACACGAGAGGAGCCCGCGCCUUCAAAUUAGCAUUGCUCAAAAAGCCAGAUAAGGCCACGCGACGACGUCAUGACGACCAUUGCUGGUUUCACGAAGAUAUCAAACCGCCGGGCGAAUGCAAUCUCUGCGCUGAUCUGAGCAAGCACUGAUUCCGGUAAGCCGCAAGUUGGGGGAGGAUUUAAUGAGCCCAACCGUAUGGGUUUGUUCCGGUCAAGUCACUGCGAUUAACGACACGCCUUAUGACUGUCAUAUCGACAGGUCCCUCUCCAGAGCCGGCCUACACAACAGUGAUGCUGGCGAUUCUUCUAUUCCAAGCCCUCAACAUCUAAGUGCAGCGGCGAAUUCCACGAAACCUCAACGGGUAGCCUAGUGCUGAUUGCCUUGGCCUCUUCAUCCUCAUCCCAAGAGUCCGGUACGCCUCUCUUGGGCACAUGUCUGUUAUGUCACACCGACCGUCUCAUUUAUUUCCGAGCGGAAGCACCCAGUUAUUUUUAAAGCGUUCUCGUUCCCGUCUCUUUCAAGUUAUACCCUUCCCAUAUUUUAUGUACCGAUAUCGAUGACAGAUAGAGUCCGGUAGAGCUAGACCCACAGCUGGAGCAACCGGCCAAUGUAUAUACAAAGGGUCUUUCUGAAAACAUGUUUUCCUCAAGAGC